AUGCCAAUGCUAGAGGAGGUCUACUUUUCACGGGGCUUUGAUCUGAUGCAAAUACAUGGAAUUUCUGUUGAUCUAUCGCAUCUAAGGGUUCUCAACUUAUCAAAAAUCCGCAUUCUCAAUGACAGGUUGCCGUGUGAUGCUUUUAAGAAGGGCACAUCCCCCAUUACAUCGCUAGCGAUCGAAGGGUUUGAAGAUUCCUCUGACACUCUCCACCGUCUCGUAGCCUGGCCGGCUAAGUUGGAGCACUUCUCGUUCGCAGAAUGUGUUGGAGAGGAUUCCCGGACCUGGAGCUUGUCUACCAUUGCAUCUGUUAUCUCCACCCAUAAGACAACGCUGCGAUCACUCACUAUUGGCGAAGUGCAAGAGCGGGGCCUUAUCAACUUCGAUCUAACAGACUUCGAGAGUCUAGAGUAUCUUUCGCUAUCGGCUUGGGCUACCGGAUUUGAUACCGGCUACGAGAUGAACUUGCUCGCUCCGCGACUCGCCAAGUUCCGUUGGUCAUUCGCUACUCGGCGCGAAGAUAUCAUUGAUUUCGAUGACGAACAGGAGAAUUGGCUUAGACGAUUUGCUGCUGCAGCAGUUGCGCGGAAGCUAACUCUUCAAGAGAUUUUUAUCCAGUUUUAUCUCCGUUCAUUUUGUGGUCAGCGUGUGUCAUUUAACGAGAGAUAUCCUUGGGACAGAAUGAAGCACAUUGCUAGAGAUAUCCAGGGUCAUGGGAUAAACCUAUCAUGGGCAGAUCCGAACAUGAGUAGAGAAUUUUGGGUAGACUUUUGCGGGCCGCUAACUGAUGAGGAGUUGCGGAGGAGUGAUACCUGA